UUUAAAUCAAUAUGAUAUCGUAAGGAGUUUUUACAGAAUCCAGAAAGGCCACCAACCUUGACAUCUGUAUAUUGACAAGGCGGAAGAUUUUUCCACGUACUAGAGAUCAGAAUUAUAUUGGUAGCAAAAUUAGGCAACUUGAGUUUCUAUUGAUGAAUGAAACCGUUAUCAAAAUGUUCCGGAAGUCUAUACUUCAAGUCAAAGCCUCGACUUUCCACAGUUCAAAGAUGCAGCAAGCUUUGCUAAGUUGAUGUGUAGCAUGCGGCUGUCGUAGCUAGAUACUCCAAACGAUCUUACAAGUCUGAAGAAGAAUUGAUCGUGGUCUUAAAUUUUGCGGGGAGACGUACCCAAAGAUGGUGAUUUGGAUUCAGGCACUGGUGUAUUUGUUCUUGUCCAUUACUGGCUGUUAUUCACAUAACAACAAUCAGUUCUCCUCAAUUUGGAAUGUCGAGGAGGCCUUGCGUAAAGCAAACAUCAAGCUUGUCAGCAUUUGGAACGAUAGCUCUGGGUUAUACCAUGCAGACGUAACAAUUGGAACUCUAAACAUCUCUAUCCAGUUUCCAUGGCCUUUAAACAGAAAUGGUACCAUACAAAUGCGACGCCACAAGAGUUUCCCAGUCCCUGACAUCUGUGGCUUUGCCGAGACACUCACUAAACAGGUAGGCGUCAGUGGUUCACUGCCACCUUUUCAGCUGGUUGGGGUUGGAGACUUUGGUUUCUCCAUUGAAAUUCUCAUUCUAUCCUUCGAUGACGGAAACCUGUCAUCGAUGGAAAUGGCGUUUAGUAUCCCUGGAUGGGACGCCUUGAACAAAUUUCAGUUCAAAGUCGUGCAGCCAAAACUAAGAAUUCAGAUAGGUUUUCUACCCCAGUCUACAUUCAAAGUGACAGGCAACGGGUUUAUCGCGGCGAUCAAUCAAGCUGUUUUAAGUUCCAGUAUCACAGGGUUACCCAUUGAACUUGUCUUUCCCGAAAAUGAAUACGAUUUCCUGGAAAUCAGAGGCGCUGAUGAAGAUGCCAUAGUCGACCUUAACUCGUUGGUACCACUGCUUUCCUCUUACACGGAUAGAAAGAUUCUAAGCGCAAUCGAGGACAUCUCUGAAAGCAUCAAAGUACCAAAGUUUUCCAUACGCGUGGCUCCUGGGCUUUCCAAUAUCUCAAUAGUCAAUGUCACCACUUGUUCAACCAAACCAUUUCUAGUUUUAGGCAAAGUUUCUCUAAGAAAUGCUACGUUGGAACUGAGUGAAAAUCGAAACUCCUUCCGAGCCACGAUUGAAAUCUGCGGACAACAGCUACCGGUUACUAUGCUGAAGGAUGCCAAUCAAUACCUGACUUUGGAAGCCGUAAGAAACGUAAAGCACGAAAAUAAAUCGAUUUCCAUUGACGGAUUUCUUUCUUGUGUCGAAGAAAGAGAAGAACGUCGCCCGGACACAAAUUUCAUGCAAAUGAAUGUCUCGUCUAUCGAAUUUCGGCUGUACCUUUUUAAAAUAAACUUCAGCUUAAGGCCAAAGUUAAAGCUAGCCUCUAUUGCCAUACUGGUUGGAUUGCCAGGAGGAUGGAAUAUUCUCGGUGGAGCAUCGACACCGACAGAAUUGCAGGAUUCGAAAUUAAGUGUGAAUGUUGCUGUUCUCCCUGGCCCUCAGUACGUAGAAAUCAAAGCAAAAUUUUUCGCAUCAGCUAUCAUCGGGCAGCCUGCAUUCCUCGUAUUUCCCUUUGUGAUUGAGAUUCCAACAAAAGUGGAAGCCUUAUCUUUGUCACUUCAGGCUGAAAAAACAAUAAAGGCUGAUUUCGCCAACAUUUCAAAACUUGGAGGGUUAAGUAGUAGUUUCCCCCUUUUCUUGAGAACUCUGCUGACAGACUUUGUGGUCACAAAGUUGAAGUUGCGGAUUCCUUUCAAUUUAACAGGCCCUUUCUCGUUGACAGAGUUUCGAAUAGAAAUACCAUCCACAACGAAGUGGAAGUUUCCAUUCUUUUAUAUCGGAAGCAUGACAGUGUUUUACACGUUUGAUCGGACCCUGGUAACUGGUGCAAUAACUAUUGCAAACUUCAGCCUGCCUUGCCAAAUUGAAUGGCCACCGUCGACCCAAGGUCAAAUCAUCGAGCUCUCUAAAAGAAUGGAUAUGUCUGGUGUAUUGCCAUUUAUCAGUGCAGUUUAUCGUGCAUUCUUCGGCAGUGCUAGUGAAACACUCCAAGAAACCUUAACCGCGCUAAGAAGAACAAAACUUUCAAUUGUACCCUCAUUUUCUCUUAAAAAAGCUUUCUUCCAUUUGUCUGAUGAUCUUUCAAUUACGAAGGUAACAUUUAUGGCUGCUCUUCCAAAGUAUUCGUGGGAUCUUCUUAAUGACUUUUUUGCCGUCGAAAACGUGUCAUUUUUUAUCGAUGUCAACAUUGAAAGGUCCUUCAUCAUGUUUGUUAGAGGAAGGGUCGUUUUGGUAGAAGACAGGGCGCACAUUCCUUUUGAAAUGGCUGUCCCUUUAUCGAAGAACCAAAACCUAACCAUUAGGCUCCCAGAACUUGAAAGCCCUCGAAUUCCAUUCCAGCAACUCACUGGAAUUUUGACGGCUGCCGUGAAAAGUAAAUUUCCAACGAUGCUUGGGCCAUUUCUUCCAGAGCUGAUUCUUCAAAGGCUAGAAAUUUCCUUUGACGAGAUGUUGACGACAUUCGAAAUCACAGAGUUUGACGCUGUGUGCAGCACAUCGUGGGACCUGGGAGGAAUUGGAGCCCUCGUUAUUUCGAAUGUCACAGCCGUUAUGACAACACGAUCGUUUAACCUAAGAGGAGUCCUCUCCUUAGGUACCAGUAACUUUGAUCUAGAACUAAGAAGUUCAUCUGAUGGACACCUAUUUCGACUCGUAAAGCCCAUGAAAAUCUUUGAACUUCAACUGCUAGUAAAGGAUGCUUUGGAAAAGAUGAUUCCACAAAUAAAGAAUGUACCAGACGCCAGUCUUCUUGACUUGAAUAUAAUAGAUGCGUCCGUGAUAAAGUUGGCAGAAGUGCAGCUCUCCAAAAAUUUGAAAUCCUUGCAUUCGUUUACUUUCGAAGUACAGAUAUCAAAUGCUUGGUCUUUUUUCAAGUCUUGCUGUUCGAUUGUAGCCCCUACCAUGAGCCUCCGUGUUAAAGAUCUUAACGACAUACCUUCGUACACGCUUGGUAUAACUGGCAAUCUCGAACUUUCGGACAACGAGCAGAAUCUCGUACUUCCAAUUGAAUGCAACAUACCCGUCUCCGUCAGAUCUGUAAUUGCUUUGAAGCUGAGGAGUGCAGUUAUUUUUAACCUCUCCAAGAUUACCGUUCUGCCGAUGGUAGGAAAAUUAAUUCCGUCUGACCUGCUAUCACCAAUUUCAGACUUCAUUGGAGACGUGCAAAUGUGGCCGUUGGAAGCACAUUUCAAACCUCUCUCGGCACGUAUGAUUGCAUUAAACUUAACAGCAACUGCCCUAAGACACUGGAACCUUAAAGGCUUUCCACUGACACUUCAAAAUAUUACGGUGCAUCUAAACUUUAAGGAAAACAUUCAAGCAACUCUAUUUGGGAUGUUUUACCUGAAGGCCCACCCUGUGUCUUUCCAUAUCCCCUUCCCAGCAGCUUUACCACAUGUAGCUGAAAUGGUGAUGGGAUUCCCGAGAUUUCCACUCAUAACAAUGACAGAAUUAGGCCAGCUGCUGAUUGGUGGGUUCAGAUUACAGAACUUAUUUCCGCCUGCAUUUGAUAAACUAAAGAUUUCGCUAGAGUUCUUAAACUUACGAUUAGUACCUCCUUUGCAAAAACUGCUGAUACAAGGCUUUACUUUGAGGUUUUCUCUUAAAGACCAAAUAACUCUUCUCAAAAACUGGUUGAGGAUUGAAAACAUAGCCGCUGACCUAAGCGUAGAGACAGCCAUUCAAGUAAGUGUAGCUGGAAGAUUAGCAUGUCUUAUCACGCUUGGAAAUGGAGCUGACGUAAUUCAGACUCGAGGAUUCCUUACAAUGCCACACGUCUCGUCCCAAGCUUGGGAACUUAACAUCUUCCCAGAUCACGUUAAUCAGCUAUCAGCGGCAAAUAUUGUUGGUUUGACAGGAGGUGGUUUUGAUUUAAAGUCGCUAUUUCCGGAUCAGAUUCUGUCAAAAGCAGAGAAAUUUGUCCUGAACAGCUUCAAAGCUUCUUUCACGCCUAAGCCACGAUUUCAUAUAUUUAACAUAACGUGUGUGUUCGAAGCAAAUCUCACCGACGUCUGGCUUCCAUUGGGAGUAACUAUUCGACACAUUCGAGUCAGCCUGUUUAUAAAGAAUCCCUUUCAUGCUGCCAAGAAAACUGUCAUACCUACGAUUUAUGUCGAGAUACAGCUUGGCAAAGUGGUUCUUCCCACAGUUCUUUCUGUGCACAAGGAUUUUGUACUGUUAGAAAUAGCAAACCUUGCAGAGCAGGCUUUAAAUAUAUACGACUUGGCAACUCUAAUUGGUGGCGAGCAACUGUUGAAAGUUGUUCCAGUCGAGUUCUUCAGCUUUAAAACAGUGACUUUAAAUAGCUUGAACAUAACGUUCAACAAACCCCAAUUCAAUGUUCUCAAUGCAAAUAUUCGAUGUGAUCUUCACGAUUUCGAUAUCGGUUUUGGUUUUCCUCUACCACUGGCUGAUCCGUCCAAUAUAUUUAAAGCAAACCUUGCUGUUCGAAACUUGGUUCUCAGCUUAAAGCAAAACAAGGAUUGGAAGCUUACUGCAGACAUCACGGCGUCUUUUAAAGGAAUACCAUUGGAAAAACAUUUCAGUGAUUUGCACGGAUUGAUUACCGUGACGUCACGUUUGGCCAUAGUUACGCUAAAAGAAAAGUUCCUAGACAUCAGGAUAGAUCUAAAACUUGCUGGGAUAGAUUGUCACUUAACAGUGAAGUUUUUGGAUCCAAAACUUCUGUUUGCCACACCACGAGAAGCUGACCUUGAAAUAUCCUUAGAUGUUACGGGAUUUGAUGCGCUUAAUACGCUGCUUCCUUUCAAAGUGUUCAAGGACAGAUUACAAAUGGUUGUCUCUAUAACAAAAAAGACAGGAAUGGCGAUCAAGCUCAAGACCGUGCCAAUUCUGGACAAGCUAAUACCUUGCAAGAAAGCGGAAGGCGAAGAGUACAUCUGCGAUUUUACUUGGCUCUGUCAGAAGGAUUCCUACGUGAGGCUGAAACUCCCUUCCUUUGCAUAUUCCAAGGAUGGCUUUUCGGCUAUUAUUAAUGCUCAGGGCUUAGACAAAUUGUGCAUUCCACUGACGCUGCCUAUUAUGCAACAAUUCUUUAAAAAGAUCCCUUUCCUUUCUAACCUACUGAGACAGAACAUUCCAGUGUGGCCUCCUCCCGAUAUCACCGGCUCCUUAAAUAGGAUUGGGUGUAACAUUGACAACCUACCAAGAGGCAUGGACAGAUUCAGAAGUCCAAAAUUCCCGAAAGAAAUAACCGUAGUCUUAUCAGUCGCUCAGAACGGCCCACUGACGUUUAGUCUACACGUUCAAAAUGGAGAGUCAGUGGAUGUGGUAACGCCAAUAACACUGACAAGUGAUUUGGCAGCCAUGUCGUUAAGUCGAUUCACAAUUGGUUCCGCCUUUGGGGUGCCCUUUGUGGACAUCGAUGCUGAAGUGUACCUCUGGGAUCUGAAGUAUGUAAUACUCCUGUCGCGUCUUCUAAAGGAUAAUCCUUUACUUAUAGACGCAGGUGAAAUGGAAACACGCAUAAUCUGCAAAGACUGCUUCUUUAUCAUCAAAGGUGUUUGGCCGAUUCCGAUUUUUGCAGCACCACUUUCCGUCAGCUACGCGACUCUUACUGAUGUUAAAGCCCAAGCAAGAAUAUAUCAUAGAAGACCUCAAUUCAAAGACUUUGGAACAAUUGCCUCCCUUCUCGUUGGCCUUUUGAGGUAUUAUACAGAUAGAAACUAUUUACUAUCUUUGGACGAUUUUAAAACUGCUAACAGUACUUUACUUGUUUUGAAACUGUCGCACAACAAUGAUAAGACUAUGCUCCAGUUGCCGAAGUAUACAGGUGGCAACAAGACUAGCUUGAACGUCCCUCCAAUAGAUGGUAAGAUGUUUCUCAUUGGUUGGAUGAACUUUAUGAAAACGUUCGAGCCUAAAUGGUUAUUGCAGAUCGUUCCGCUCAGAUAUCGCGUUUUGGACGUUUCUUUUAACAUUGGUCCUUUCAGAUGGCCUGUGUUGAAAUUUGCAGUCUCUUCACCAAACGAGCUAAAGAAGAACAAAAAUAUCUGGCCAUAUCCUGUAACGGAAACUGGAGACGAUGCUUUACUGAUAGCUUUUUCUGAUCUACCCCUUCUUUCCACUGAGGUGGCGUUUCGAGUGAAGAAUUUUGGUAAUGCUGGCGUCUCCAUACGACUGGAUGGUGGUAUAACGAAUCUGGUUGAAAUAAGUCUUAAUGCCAAGGCAAAUAUCAAGCUCGAGAAUUCGCCUAAUCCACUGGCAAUCUCCGCAAAAGGCCAAGUAAAGCUAGCUGAUGAGCCUCUUUUGGUUGGUGAGAUGAACAUAACCAAAGACACGAUAACUGUUGUUGGACAGUUGAUAUUCAAUUUUCCGGGUGUCCUUCAAUUCGGUGGAUCGGUCAAAGCUGCAUUUGGUCCUGGCCUUGUGUUUGUUCUAGAUGCAAAUGUUGAUGUCAAGCUCCUAGGGGUGAAAUUGCUCGAUUCCCGACUUUAUAUAAUGGAUUCUCCGUCAAGAUCAGUUACACGGGCCAAAGCUCUGUUCAUGGGAUCUAGAAUAAAUAUUGAACUUAUUAGACGCGGAUUAUCCUUAAGCGUUAGAGCCCAGGUAAAUAUUGAAGUUCGUCUACGAAUUGACAUCGGCAAAAUUGAAGUUUUGGGAAAGGAAGUGGGAAGAAUUGUUUUGAGUACUCGCUUUAACUGCGACUUGAAGAUUUCAGCUCCUGGUAAAAGUUCGAUGAGAGUGUCAUUUUCGUUUAUGGAAACCAACAUUCAGCUUCCGUUGUUAACUUUCAACUCAGAACAGGCCACCCCUAAUAGAAUAUCAUCACAUGUUAUUGACUUUGUCAAGAAAGAAGCCCCUUCCCUGAUUAAAGAUCUGUUUCUAAAAAAUCCUGGUCAGUUGUUGGGUUCACUCGCGAAAGGACUGUUAAACUUCGCUGGUAAUGCUGGAGAGCUGGUAAAAGACCUGUUAGCUAGAGGAUUCAAACUUGGAGUACAUUUUGUGAAAGACCUCGGAAGUUUCUUUAAUAACCUUGUCGAUACAGAAAAGGCGUUAGCCGAGACUGCAGAAUAUGCCACUAAAGCUGUCGCGGAAGCAGCAAAAUUGACAAGAGAAACGGCUCAGAAGGCCGUAGAGACUGUUAGGAAAACAGUUCAACAUGCUUCGAAGGUGGCAGAGAAAGCAGGCAGAAUACUUAUCGAAGCGGGAAAGGAUUUAGCGGGAGCUGUAGCAAAAGUCAUACGCCUCGACAGUGCUGUGCAAGAAGCAAAGCGAAUUUUUCAAAAUGUAUCGAAGGAAUUGACAGCCGUGGUCAAUAGAAUCGCUAAAAUAGUCGACCAAAUAGCAUUUGAGAUAGCCCGAGGGCUUCGAAACUUGGCAGGAAAAGCCAUAAAAUCCUUAAGUGGAUUGUUUGGUGGUAAACGUUCAAUCCACCGCCGGGAUGCUCUGUCUGAGGAAAAAAGAAAUAACGAAAGAAGAAAAAGACAGUUACAGAAAGAUGCAAGCGAUCAGCAAACACGUGUUAGAUCGAAAGAGAGGGAGCUCAAAAGGGCAAGAUAUGACGAGAAGUUGAAGGAAAGAAAGCGAGACGCAGAUCGACAAGACGCCCUACGCGCUUCUGAAAACCUCAAAAAGGCUAAUGAAGACAAAGCAGAUAAGAUAACUGCCCUGGACACAAUUAUAAAGGAAGGAAGGUGCGCAACUGGUGAGAAUAACUGUCAUCCAAAUGCUACUUGCCUUCGCACAGGAUCAGACGGCCAGUCAUUUAAAUGUGAAUGCAGACGUGGAUGGAUCGGGGAUGGUGUUCUCUGCGAAAGACCCAUCAAAAGUUUGGCGGUAAUAUCCGAUAGUCCAAAGGCAGUUGGAGAAGACGUUUCAUUCUCUUCAUUUGCGCUCUCGGGUACAAAUGUUCAAUACAAGUAUAGUUUUCACGGAGCAUUCAGUCAAUAUGGCUUCGCCUCAAAUACCUUUACCUCGCCCGGCGUAUACGUUGUAAAUGUAUUCGCUCGAAAUAAGGUCAGCAAUGGCAUUGCCAGUGAAGUAGUGGUCAUUCAAGUAUCGGUCACAAAUAUCACUCUUCAAGUGAGCGGGGAUCUAAGAGCUUGCCGUUCAGUAAAUUUCCUUCCAUCAGCCAGUGGGACAAACGUCACGUUUUAUAUCGACUUUGGGGAUAACACAUCGCUUCACAACGCCACUGAACAAGUAUCGCAUUACUUCUUGGGAUCCGGACAGUUCGUCAUAAAUGUCACAGCAAGCAAUCUUGUCAGUAGCAUAAGUGACACAUUUGUUGUCAACAUUUUAAGCACUCCGUGCGAUCGCCUGUACUGCGACAUCUGGGCGUUAGAGAGGAAUUUUCCAGAAAAGUCUUUCACCCAAAUUACAUCAUUGGCCUGGUCACUCUCGCAAUCAGCAAAAACCGGUUACAGAGAGCUACGCCAUAACAGGAUUUGGAAGUACUUAUCAAUGUUUUAUCCUGUGCCCUACUCUGUUUUACAAGAAAUCGACAUGGACAGAAUCGUAAGAAAGAUUAACGCUCGAUACAGCUUUGGCGACCUCCACAUUGAAAUUGAUUUUAUUUUGGCGGGGAUACUUUCAUCGAAAGUAGAGAACUUAAGGCGUUUUGGUCAAAAUGAAAGUUUUCUUGUUAAUCCAUUAAUGCACAAGCCACUGCAAACUUUCACAUGGAUUACGGCCGUACUUCUCAGUACAGAGGAUUUUAUCAGCACGUGGAAUACGUCAAUGGAAAGAACGUCCUUUUGCCGUAAGCGACUUCCGAAAUCAACAAUUAAUAGUGCUAUCGAUGGGUACAUUCUUGGUUUGCGGAAUAUUAAUUCUUCAGAAAGCGAAAAGCUUUCGAACAUUAUACACGAUUAUUAUUGCCCUUUAAAACAAAGCUCGCGAUACAACUGGAGCAGGAGAUACCAGGCGUUCUACGAUCUUUCAAACCCCCUGAGUAACUAUGAAAAAUGGGAUCCGUUCAUGAUCGUUUCCACUGUAUUGAACAUGACGUCCAGUUUGCAAGGUUUCCUCUCCCCAAUAAAGGACUUUUGUCUGCCCUACUUCAUGGAUGUGUUGUGGUAUGAGCUCAACAUAACAAGGCCUCGGAGCAAAACAAUGGGAGAAGACGUUUGCAACAUUCAUAAAACUUGUCAAAACUGUCUUUUCAGUGCAGCCACAGGUAGAUGCUUUUGGUGUGAAGGUUCACAAAGAUGUCUUUCCAAUAGCAGGCGUUUUUUUUGUAGCCGAGACCAAGUAUUUCACAAAACUCCCUGCCCUAAAACUUGCCUCCGAAAUCAAAAAUGCUCUCUAUGUGUUUCCAGCUUAAAGUGCGGCUGGUGUGGCUCUCAGUUAUAUGACGACAACCCUCUUUGUACCGAGGGCACACCAACAGGUUCAAGAUCUCUGGCUGUAUGCAAUCCAACAAGUUGGUUCCAUGGAACGUGUACAACACCUUGUCCGGUAAACCAAGGUCGCCUAUGCAGUGGUAGAGGUAUUUGCAAAAAUGGCCGGUGUAUUUGCGUGCCAGGCUUUUAUGGGAAAUAUUGUUCAAAACAAGGCUGCGUUAUCAGGACGAAACAAAACGAUACUCUCCGUGCCUUAUCUGUGUGGUCAAACAUCAAGGAAGCUGAAAUUCGUCUGGCAAAUAUAGUUCACAUUGGAACCUCACAUAUAGCCGUCAAUUCACCUGUAACGAUACCAAAACCAGAAAGCGAUCCAAUUUGUUUUAGCAGCACUACAAGGGCAAGGUUUAACCACAUGUUUCCAAGAAUUCUAAGAAUUUCACAUGACAGGACUGGAAAAGAUAGCUUUUGUGGUCUCUUUAGAUCCAUAUCGCCUGAAAACACUUCACCAUCUUCGUGUGAAAGCAUGGCAACCAAAGAACGUUGUCUCAAGUCGUCUAGUUGUAAUUGGAACAUCAAGGAACCAUGCACUGGAGCAUUGUUGGAAGGCUGCUUUAAAUUGACGCAUUGGCUUGAUUUGCUUGUCACUGAAUCACAGAUUAUCUAUUCUCCAAUAUCUGGAAACGUCAAACUAGGAACUGACAGCAUCGAGAUCAUUGGCUGGCCUCAAAGUGAGUGGGAAGGUUUUAUUGUUACUCUCUCUCAUUUUAGACCUCGCAACAUCACUAGUGUUCAGAGUGGGCAAAGUGUUGGAACAGCAAUGUCAAGCAAAGGCUCAAUACUACCAAAUUUUGUGAGAGUGAGUGUUGCGAAAGGCGGGAACUACAGAGACCCCUUAGCGUAUCUGCUUCCAUGCAGCCCUGGCUGCUCGCAAGCGGUGCACUUCUUCAAUGGCAAGUGUGAUCAAGCCUGUAAUAGAAAAGCAUGUAACUAUGACAGUGGAGAUUGCUUAUCUCUCUAUUCUAAACAAUCUCACUUCGUAUUAGAACCGAGAAGUAUUCACGAGAUCUAUACGCCAACUUCGCUUAACAUCUUAUUCAAAUUGCAAAAGAUUACUGGGGAGAAAUACAUUCGAAUCUCGCGCGAGCCACUCAGCGUGUAUUCUCUCGCAAAGCUGGUGGUUCUCGAAAUAAUCAAGUCAUCCGAUCUCCGCUCUACGUUAGUUUACGGAAACUAUAGGGGUGAGAUUGUUAAACUUGUUGGCCUUUUAUCAUCUUGGAACAUAUCACUGGAAAAGAUGACGUUUCUAACAACACAAAAGAUAAUUGAACUUGGAGUAGAUAAUGUAUCUCCGCAUGGUAGAAGUGGUACAGACUACGAUAUCGCUGAAAUUGAUACUGACACACUACAGAACUACAGCAACUUCCAUGUUGGCCUUGAAAUACUAACCAAGUCCCAUUUAUUAGACUUUACCCAGGUUACAAAUGUUAGCAAACCUCACAUCCCUUAUUUUCAUCUCCAAAUACCUCGCGAAAGCAUGGAUAACAGCAGACUCAGCCGUUUCGACCCUACCCUGCAGGCCACACCUAAAUGUAAUUCUUUAACCUCCUGUUCCGGACAUGGUAUUUGUUUGGCUAAUGCAAGUUGCAAGUGUGACCUGGCUUAUACAGGCAAAAAGUGUCAGAUGAACACCUGCCCCGGCCGCUGUUCUAGUCAUGGUACUUGUAUCGAGGGCGUGUGUGUGUGCAGUCUCGGUUGGGAUGGAGUCGACUGUUCAAAAGUCAAGUUAUGCACGCCCCUUUGUCCCGAGAGUUGGAUUGGUGAUGGAGUUUGCGAUCCCGAUUGCAAUAUACCAAAGUGUUCGAGCGACAAAGGAGACUGCCAAGAUGUGUGCAUGUGCCCUAGUUCUUGGCUUGGGGACGGGUCGUGUGAUCAGAAGUGCAAUAAAACAGUAUGCAAGUACGAUGGAGGUGAUUGUGUUGAAGAAGAAUGCAGCGCUGGAUGCCGAUCAGAUAUGUUGGCAGACGGCUUUUGUGAUCACCAGUGCAACACGGAAUCUUGCGGUUUGGAUAAAGGGGACUGCGGUCAAAUCUCAAACGUUAACUGUGCUUGUAGCAAACAACUUCAGGGAAACGGAAUGUGUGACGAAGAGUGUAACGUUGCCACCUGUUUUUACGACUAUGGAGACUGCGUCCAACAGGCAACGGGAGGUAACUGCCCGCAGGCAUGUUCGCCACCAAUGAUUGCAAACGGCUUCUGUGACUUAUCGUGUAAUGAAUCCGCUUGUAACUUUGAUGGUGGAGAUUGUAAGCCUACUGGUUUGACUACAGAGUUGUGUUUUGAAGGCUGCCUUCCGAGUUUUCGAGGUGACGGGGUAUGUGAUUCUGCUUGCAAUGUACAGGCCUGCGGAUUCGAUAACGGAGAUUGCCCUAAGCCUGUUGUUCGAGAGUGUAGUCCAGGAUGUAAACUGGAUAUGGUGGAGGACGGUGCCUGUCAGUCACAGUGUGAAGUGGAAGAAUGCUCAUUUGAUGGCAACGAUUGCCAGUGUGCACCGGGUUGUAUGAACUCAACGUUGGGAGAUGGAGUUUGCAAUGUGGAGUGUUUCGUUGAGUCUUGCGAUUACGACAACAUGGACUGUCAGUGUUCUUCUAAGAGUUGCCCGAAGAGCUUUGUUGGUAACGGACACUGUGACGUCGAAUGUAACAACAGAAUUUGCGGCUUUGAUGGAGGAGACUGUACAUGCUCAGCGGGUUGCUCCAUGACAUCAAUAAGUGAUGGAACCUGCGAUUCAGUUUGUGAUACGAAGCUUUGUGAUUUUGAUGGCUUGGAUUGUGGAGGAUGUGAGUCUGAAUCCCAUUCAAACAUUUGCGACGAAAACGCCUUCUGUAUUGUGGUUAACAAGUCGUUGCCCUUUGUGCAGUGUCAGUGCAAAAGUGGAUUUUAUGGAGAUGGCUUCUCUUGCGUAAAAAGAGGAAACUGUUUCAAUGGGAGUGACAUUUGUUCAGGACAGGCAACCUGCCUGGAAUCUAACGGAACAUUUGAAUGCUAUUGCAACCAAGGAUGGGUUGGAAAUGGUAUUUUCUGUGAGAACGUGGAUGAAUGUAAAGAUGAAAGUCAUAACUGCAGCAUAAACUCCAGAUGUAUCGAUUUACCAGGAGGAUAUCAAUGUUUAUGCAAGACAGGGUGGAGCGGGACAGGUCGCAAUUGUACAGAUGUCAACGAAUGCGAGCUAAAUAAGCAUUCUUGUUGUGAAAACGAAGACUGUGUGAACACUGAAGGCAAUUAUACUUGCAUUUGCAAACAAGGAUGGCGAGGAAUAGAGAAUUCUUCGUUUCCAGAAACACUAGGAAGGUGUGCCUUUAACACAAGCUCACUGUGUAUUGAUAUAGAUGAAUGUGCUGAAGAUAUGCACAACUGUUCCAUGUACAAGGGCCAAGCUAACUCAGUUUGCAUCAACACUUUUGGUGGUUUUGAAUGUAACUGUACUCAGGGAUGGCAAGGAGAUGGAGUUUACUGUACAGAUGUUAACGAAUGUGUUAAUGGUUCCGUUUGUGGCAUGAAUCAGAUUUGUAGGAAUGUUCCAGGAAACUAUUCAUGUUCUUGUAGAGAUGGCUGGACAUCGCGUGGCCUAAAUAAUGACGAGUGCCAAGACGUGGAUGAAUGUAGGCUCGGAUUAGACGACUGCGAUACUUUUGCGACUUGUACGAAUACAAACGGAAGCUUUACGUGUGAAUGCUUGCAAGGAUUUGAAGACAAAAGUAGAAGUUGUACGGAGUACCAAUGCAGAAAUCACACCAACAAUGAAAGUGAGGCAAAUCCGAACACAACUUCACAAAGCGUCUGUGCUUGUAUAGGCAAGUACUCAGACGCCGGAAGAAAGUGCGAAGACAUAGAUGAAUGUAAGUGGGGCAUUUUCGAUUGUCCGCCAUCCGGCCCGAUAUGCCAAAAUGUGAUUGGUGGCUAUGAAUGCAAAUGCGAUGCUGUGAGCAACUCAUCUUGUGAUCCUGUGAACCCAUGUGAAUCCGGUAACGACACUUGCAAUGAAAACAUGACCUGUAUUGCUGUUGGUAUGGAGCAUUACUGUGUAUGCCCAGAAGGGUAUACUGAAGAUCAAAACGGCACGGCGUGCAUCGAUGUCAACGAGUGCAUUAAUCCGCAGUUUUAUGGAUCUUGUAAUGCUAAUGCUGACUGUGUCAAUCUUGAUGGUGGAUUCGAGUGCAAGUGCCGAUCAGGGUUCUUUCAAAGUGGGGAAGCCUGUUUCGAAAUUGACGAAUGUGAAGGGACUAUCAAACAGACCCUUAAAGGUCGACUGGAAGAGUGUAAAGCUGGUGUGUGCUCUUUUGUUGAAACCUGUGUUUAUCGCAACGUGUCAAAUAAUGGAAGCAGGUUAAAUCAAAGCACGUUGGUUUGUGCCUGUGAGGAAGGUGAUAAUCUGAAAAUAGACUGCAUCGAGGCUUUUGUAGACGUCAUUGAAGCCGGAAAAAACUUCACAACUGUGGUUUCCAUUCCCUGGUAUCUUGCAGUGAACGCAAGCGUAAAUGCAACCACGUAUGACCAGACUAAAUAUGUCCAUAACUGUACGGACGAAGCAACCUGCAAGAAUACAGCAGGAAAGUACGAAUGCAUAUGUAUAGAGGGAUUUGAAAGCAACGACGGAGGUUGGAACUGUCACGAUACUGAUGAAUGCCUUUCAAAAGACACCUGUCACGCUAAUGCCUCCUGUUUUAACACAGUUGGAUCCUUUUACUGUGAAUGCAAAUCGGGAUUUACUGGAAAUGGCGUCAAUAACUGCUCUGACGUUGAUGAAUGCUCUCUUAAAACUGCAAACUGUACCCUUACCUCAUUUUGUGUAAAUACAAUGGGAGGUUUUAACUGUUCAUGUUUGGAUGGCUACCAUCGAAACAGAACCUCGUUAUGCGAAGAUUUAGAUGAGUGUUCGAGCAGGGAUCUCAAUCAGUGCCACCCAAGGGCGUCUUGUCGCAACACCAUUGGUGGGUAUAACUGUAGUUGCAUGGUAGGUUACUCAGGGGACGGUUUCAAAUGCUCAGACAUAGAUGAAUGCAGCGCUGAGGGGAUUACGUGCGGAGAACACGCCUAUUGUUACAAUACGCUUGGUUCUUAUAGAUGCAAAUGUGACCCGGGCUGGUCAGGUGAUGGACAAAGCUGCACCAACAUCGAUGAGUGCUCCCUUAGUCUCCACACUUGUAUCGAGAAUUCAUACUGUACUGAUAACCAGGGAAGUUAUACGUGUUCCUGCCACAAAGGAUGGAAACGCCAAUGGUUUGAGCCGUACGGUAGAUGUUCCAGGUGUGACCCAGCCACGUUCUGUUCUGGCCAUGGUCAAUGUUUGCGGAAUGGCACUUGUGAUUGCCUUAGCCACUACAGCGGUCACAACUGCUCAGUAUGUAGACCAGAGGUGCGCUGCUCGGGCCAUGGAACCUGUGACUUUAAUGGGAACUGUUACUGCGAUUAUGGCUGGACAAGACAGCCACUGGACUGCAGUGUUUGUUUACCAGAUGAGUUGUGCAGUAGUCAUGGUACAUGCAAUUAUGAUUUGAUGACUUAUGAAAACCAGUCUUGCUUUUGUAAUGACGAAUACUUUGGAAAUAACUGCAGCAGAGCUUGCCCCAUUACGAAAGGUGAAAUCUGUGGACCUCAUGGCUAUUGCAACCGUAGUCCACGUGCAGUCCAACCCUGCGUUUGCUUCUCAGGAUAUCAAUGGAACGACACUGCUCUCUCCUGUGUGGAUUCCGACGAGUGCCUCCUCAACUUGCACGAUUGCUUGCCACCAGCCAAAUGCGUCAACACGCCAGGGUCGUAUAAAUGUGAGUGUCCUUCCCUCGUGGGGUGGUCCUUUGAUGGCAAAAGCUGCAAAGAUACUAACGAAUGCCAAUACCCAAAUGUGUGUGACCAACAAGCUUCGUGCGUCAAUUACCCAGGUGGAUUCAACUGCAGUUGUAAUUUGGGCUGGCGAGGACAAGGGUCUCAUCCUGUAUGUUUCGACAUCGAUGAAUGUGCGGAAGAGAUUGACAAAUGUCCUAUUCCAUCGCAAUGUAUUAAUACCCCUGGAAGCUAUUACUGUAUGUGCCAUCCAGGCUGGGAGAAAGUCUCAGAAUUCCAGUGUGUUGACAUUGACGAAUGUAGACGGGGAAUUCAUGGCUGUGAUCCACACUCCUCUUGCGUGAACUCGCCCGGAAGUUGGAAGUGUAUAUGCAACAAAGGGUGGUACCCAGACCCUAAGGAUGCCCGUUUACCCAAGUGCAAAGACAUCAAUGAAUGCGUAGAAGUUCCAAAUUCUUGCCCGGUGCAAUCGAAAUGUGUUAACACUGAAGGUUCGUACCGUUGCAGCUGUUUGUUAGGCUGGAGAAACCGAGGCCUCUAUACUUGCAUCGAUAUCGACGAAUGUAACGUGUGGUACUACCAAUGCCCGUCAAACUCACGCUGCAAGAAUACUCCGGGUUCCUACGAAUGCCACUGUAAUACUGGCUUUAGACCACGAGUGACCACUUCAAGGUGCCAUGACGUUAAUGAGUGCGCAACAGGACAUUACUCGUGCUCUUCAAAUGCUUAUUGCGUCAACAACUUUGGCUCUUAUACUUGCCAGUGCAACCGCUGCUACUACAAGUCUGGCAACCAGUGUAAACCAAAAUGCCGUCGAGAGAGUCACUACUACUACGUUUAUGUCGUUACAUACUAUACUCAAUAUUACUCCACAAGCUGUGGUUUUCUUGGACUGAAAAGAUGUAGAAAAUCCAGGAGAAAGCAAACGAACAAAAAGGUCCGAAGAGAACGUAAGGUUUGGGUCCCAAACUAUGGCGGGGCAAAGUGCCCCUGCUCAUAAAUGGUCGUUGAGCAAAAAGAAAUCGUGGAUCCUCGUGUAAUAUCGAGCUACAAUCUAAAAUCAAUGAUGUAAUACUAUUAAGCUGGUAACAUAGUUAAGUGUUUUUGAGUUUCAUAGAUUUUUGUACUUUAUCAUCUCUGCUGAUUAAAAUGUUUGAUUUCUUUUUCCAAUAUCCUCCCUUUAUAUCGAGGCUAUAAGGAGAUUUCGUAAAAUAUGUUUCAAAAUCGUCACAAAUAAGUUGUAGGUAGGUAGAUAAUCAGCCUUAUAUAAUCAUGGUACAAUUCAUCAGCUUUAAGCAAACAAUUCAUAAAUAACUAAUCCAUACCUAAUAUAAUGUAAAAUGUUUAAAUAAAAAGCUGCUUUCCACGAA